AUGGCGGCGCGCUGCGGGCGGAAGGCGGGCGGGAAGUGCAAAUAUGGACCGUACUCUGGUGUGGAUACGUACGAAUAUGGCGGCGCGCUGCGGGCGGAAGGCGGGCGGGAAGUGCAAAUAUGGACCGUACGCUGGUGUGGAUACGUACGAAUAUGGCGGCGCGCUGCGGGCGGAAGGCGGGCGGGAAGUGCAAAUAUGGACCGUACGCUGGUGUGGAUACGUACGAAUAUGGCGGCGCGCUGCGGGCGGAAGGCGGGCGGGAAGUGCAAAUAUGGACCGUACGCUGGUGUGGAUACGUACGAAUAUGGCGGCGCGCUGCGGGCGGAAGGCGGGCGGGAAGUGCAAAUAUGGACCGUACGCUGGUGUGGAUACGUACGAAUAUGGCGGCGCGCUGCGGGCGGAAGGCGGGCGGGAAGUGCAAAUAUGGACCGUACGCUGGUGUGGAUACGUACGAAUAUGGCGGCGCGCUGCGGGCGGAAGGCGGGCGGGAAGUGCAAAUAUGGACCGUACGCUGGUGUGGAUACGUACGAAUAUGGCGGCGCGCUGCGGGCGGAAGGCGGGCGGGAAGUGCAAAUAUGGACCGUACGCUGGUGUGGAUACGUACGAAUAUGGCGGCGCGCUGCGGGCGGAAGGCGGGCGGGAAGUGCAAAUAUGGACCGUACGCUGGUGUGGAUACGUACGAAUAUGGCGGCGCGCUGCGGGCGGAAGGCGGGCGGGAAGUGCAAAUAUGGACCGUACGCUGGUGUGGAUACGUACGAAUAUGGCGGCGCGCUGCGGGCGGAAGGCGGGGCGGGGCGCGCGCGCGAGGCGGGCGGCCAGGGCGCGCGCCCACUGCGCCGCCUGCAGCAGCGGCUCGCGCCAGCGCGCGUAGAUGUCCUGCACCGCGCGGCACAUCACGUACGCCGUGUAUCUGUCGACCGGUAA